AUCACUGUGCGUAUCCUGAGGCCUUGCCUGUGCUGCAGAUCAUGGAGAGUAAGAAAAUGUCAAGAGGACUUAAUGGCGAGGACUUUGGUCAAAGAAGGCCUCCACUACAUGAAAUGAUUAGAACUAUAUUGAGAGAAUAUCCCAGUGGUCAAAUCUUUAAGGAAAUUAUACAGAAUGCUGAUGAUGCCCGUGCCACAGAGGUCAAGUUCUAUUUAGAUUGCCGUGUAUUACAAACACUUCCACCAUCACUAUUAUCAGUUGUGUGUUCAGAAGCAAAUCAAGAGGUGCUAUCACAACAGUUCACUGGACCUGCACUCCUUUCCUAUAACAAUGCUCCUUUCAGGAAAGAAGACUGGGAAAGCAUACAGAGUCUUCAGCAGAGCGGUAAAGCCAAGAAUCCACACAAAGUUGGAAAGUUUGGAAUUGGAUUUAAUUCUGUGUAUCACAUUACUGACCUCCCAGUUAUUCUCAGUCAAAAUUACUGUGGAUUCUUAGAGCCACAAGAAUCAGUGUGGAAAGGAGAAUCAGGUAAAGGCUAUUAUCUGGAGAAUCUUAUUGAUGAAUGUCCUGAAGUACUGGAACCCUUUGAUGGCAUUUGCGGUUUCUCUAAAGAAUCAACACAGUAUAAUAAUAAUACCUUAUUUAGAUUUCCACUGCGUAACAAAGCCUCAAAACUAUCUAGUGAAGUCUAUGAUAUAGACAGGCUUCACAAAUUGCUUGAGUCUCUUAAAGAAGAGGCACAAUAUUUACUUGUUUUCCUUCGUUCUGUUUGUUCCAUUGAAAUAUUCAAAAUCACUGAGAGCAAUGUCACUGAACCACUGUUUAAAGUGAGCGUAAGUGAAGCAGAUUUUGAUUCACGAUUAAAGCAACAGCGACGGUUAGUUAGUCAAGUUGAAUCAAUCUUUUUAGGUGAAUUAUCAUGCACUGUAGGCCAGUUGGUUAAUGAUACUUCGCAUUUUCACAUUCACAUAUCUAUUAAUGGUAGAUUCACAUCUGAGCAUGAGUGGCUAGUAGUGAAUCAGGUGGGCUCUAAAGAUGAUGAAGUAAUGCAUCUUGCAGAGAAGCAGCGUGUACUUCCUUGGGUAGGAGCAGCUGUUGAUUUGAAAACGAGUUGUUCAGCUGGACGAAUCUUUUGCGUAUUGCCUUUACCUGUAGAGGAUCGAGCCCCAAUGUGCAUUCAUGUGAAUGGUACAUUUGCUGUUAGCAGUAAUCGUCGCUCACUGCAAUGGGAGGCACAAGAAAGGAAAGGAGACGAAGAGGGGACAUGGAAUAAGUUGCUAGUUAAGAAAUGCCUUCCUUCUUGUUAUCUAAAAUUAGUCUUUGAGCUUAUGGCCCUUGAUAUCCCUUACGACACUGUAUAUAACUGUUGGCCUGACAUACAGAGGUUAGGUGGUACACCUUGGGAUUCUCUGUUAGAGCCUUUUUACAGUUCAUUAUUGAACAGCAACAUGGUCGUCCAUACCCAAGCAAUUGGAAGCGGGAUGUGGAUUAGUAUUCAAGAAGCUGUUUUUAUUACUGAUGAUGUGCCUAUGCCAGUUAUAGAAGCAAUGAAAUCAUGUGGCAUUAAGUUAGUCGAGCUUAAUAGCAGUUGUAAUCAAGCAUUGGCCCAUUAUUAUAAUAGAAAAAGAAGCACUAUAAGUCCUGCAUUAGUACGAACAAACUUGAAGCACAAUCCAAGUUCCUACCUUUACGUAUCAAAUGAAGCCAAGAUGGAAAUCCUAAAGUAUUGCUUUCGUGACAAUAAUUUUCGAGAUUUAGCUGGACUUCAGCUCAUACCUUUAGCUGAUGGAUCGUUUCAACAGUUUAAAAUGAAAUCAAAUUUAUAUGCUGAUGGCUACUGUGUUUGCACUUCUGAAAACCCCAGUGCUCUGCUACCUGGUUUAGAAAACAAAUUGAUUAGUGUUUAUGAGGAAGAUCAUACAUUACACUCAUUACUCUGCUCCAUAGCACGUAGUGGUUAUACACAGCUGACUAUGCUAAACUGUCAGCAAGUAGCCAAUUUAAUAUCACAAUGCAAUACAAGCUCAUGGUCAUAUGCACAAUUGGCAUAUUUUUGGCAGUGGCUUAGAAACCAACAGUUGGCAUUUUUUCAAAAUAAGUUAAUUGUGCCAAUAAAACUCCCUUCAAAUAAUAGUAAAAGUAUUGUCCGACUGACUACUAAAGAAGGAGUAGUGUACAUUCCUUUAUACACUGCUGUUUCUCAGCCACUUUUAACUUCAUUAGAAAAAUGCCAUAUCAAAUUUGCUGAUGCAAAUGUUUUUGAUUAUUUAUCUCAUCGUGAGCUUGCUAAAUAUCUCAAUAAAUUUGAGUGCAAUAAGCUACUUGAUGUUAUUUCUUCUUAUAAUGUAGCAAACAUAAGAUUUUCUGAUGAUGAAGCUGCCAAGUUACAAGAUUUUUUUUCCAAUGUUUUAUUUGAUAGCAAUAGAAGAGCAGCUAUUGCCAAGCUGCCUAUUUUUAAAGUGCUUUGUGAAGAAUCAAUUCGAUAUUCCAUUGAUGUAAUUACAUCAUCUUAUGCUGAUGACAAAGCUAUUGCUACAAAUGGUGCCUUUAGUUUCAGAACUGAUCUCCUUCCAAGUAGGCCUCUAAUCAUUGACACUACAUCAGAUAAUGCAUUGAGGCUUUUGAGAUAUAUGACAAGCCAUGUUUCCUUUAUGACAGAAACAGAUUAUCUUUUGAACGUAGCAUUCAAGCAGAUAAGAAACAGGAACUUUGCCAAUAGUAAUAUAGUUCCAUUUAUGAAAAGUGUUAUUGAUAAUUUCUACAGUUCAGAAUACAGACAGGCCUCUCGUAAACUGAUAGCAAAUAUGAAAGACUUACGAUUUGUUGAAGUUUCAUUAUCCACACAGCUUGAAGCUCCUUGUAAUCUCUUUGAUCCUGAUGUAUUGAUUUUAAAACAGCUUUUUCUUGGUGAGUGCAAGUUUCCUGCUUCCAGCGAAUGGUCUCACUUAGGAAUUCUGAGACAGUGUGGCUUAAAAGCAUCAGUUGAUGCUAAUGAACUUUUUCAAGUCAUAUCAACUGUUAGAGUUACUUUGCGUAGGUACCAGAACAUAGUUGCUACUGAUGAAAAUAGAUAUCUCAGAUUAAAAGCAGCUCUGAAAUAUUUGUCAGAUAACCCUAGCUUAUUAAAUGCCUACCUAAACACACGUGACACGUUAUUGACAGUGUUAAGAAAGCAAGCUGAACAGUUCUGCUGGCUACCAAUAGCAAGCAGCCCUCCAAGCCAAUAUCCUUCCUGUUUAGUGUGGAAGGGAUCACAGUAUCCUUCAUGCUUAGCUUCAUUUAGUGUAGUUAAUCCUCUCAUAUUGCUGUCACAAGAUCUUACUGCAGCACCAGGGCAACAUGUACCACACAAUUUAAUUGUUGGCUCAGAAGCUGUUUUUAUUGAGAGUGUUCCCAGAGAGCUAGCUCAGCAGUUUCGUUGCUCAGCAAAAAAUAUUCUUUCUGUUCUUCAAUCUGUCAGGGACAGUUCUCAGCUCAGAGAAGAUGAAGCAUGGUCAAAAGUUAGAGCUGUAUUGGACUGGAUAGCAGAUAACACUAGUACAAUGAGUAAAGCUGAUAUUCUAGUACCAGUCGAAAGUGAUUUAUCAUAUCCUCAGUUAAUUCCUAUUGAUGAUGUAUCUUACACUGAUAAUGAAAUGUUACGUGGCAUUGCACGAACGUCAGAUGAAAAGUAUAAUCUUAUACAUCCUAAAGUGUCUUACCUGUCUCCUAAGCUGGGCCUUUCCCCACUCAGUGAUCAGCUUGAUAUUACCGAAGAUGUCUUUGAAGAUGCUGGUCAGCAUGAACCGCUAACAACACGACUCAGCAAUAUAUUGAGAGAAUAUAAAGAUGGCUUAACUAUCAUAAAGGAGAUGAUACAAAAUGCUGAUGAUGCUGGGGCAACUGAAGUUAAUAUUUUACAUGAUACCCGCACACAUUCAAGCCACAAUCUAGUGUUAGAAGGAAUGGCAGAGAGCCAUGGGCCAGCAUUGAUAGUCCACAAUAACAGCACAUUCACAAAAGAGGACUUUGAAAACAUCACAAAACUUGCUGGUGCUACAAAAGCUAACCAACCACUUAAGAUUGGAAAAUUUGGAGUUGGAUUUUGUUCUGUGUACCACAUCACUGAUGUACCUUCUUUUGUUAGUGGAGAAUGGCUAUACAUAUUUGAUCCUACGUUAAAACAUUUAAAAGGUGUAGUGCAAAAUGAGAGCAGGCCUGGCAAAAAAAUUAAGUUUCGAUCAAAGUUCCUUGCCAAAUCACAGCAAUUAGCUCCAUACCAGGGCUUGUUUGGUUUUGAUUCUUCAUCAUCUUACAAUGGUACCAUAUUUAGGCUACCAUUUAGAACACAUCCUAGUCAGAUUUCUUCCACUAUCUACAAUAAUCAUCUUGUUCAAAUGAUUAAAAAGGAUUUAGAGUCAAAUGGUUCUAAAUUAUUGCUUUUCUUACAGAAUGUUAAGCGCAUCACGUUUAGCUCACGACAAGAAGGUAGGCCGAUUGUUGAACAUCUGUCUAUUGAGUGCAGUAAUGUUGACACUGAGAAUGUCAAAGUAUGUGUUACACAAUCAAGUACUAAAUCUACAGAGUAUUGGCUCCUAUCAAAUCAAGAGCAACGGUUGAAAUCACAAGAUGGUGCCUAUAGGCAAGCAGUUGCAUCUGUAGCUUGCAAGUUAGUUAAGAAACAAUCUUCAUUUUUGUGUGAAGCAAUAGAAGGGAAUGCAUUUUGCUUUCUACCAUUAUCAGUUCCUGCUACUGGCUUACCGGUGCAUGUUACUGCUAACUUUGCUGUUAUGAGUAAUAGAAGUGGCAUAUGGACAGGAGCAUCAUCUGCAAUGGCUUCAGAUGAAAGGGAAUACUGGAAUCAGCAACUAAUGACAACAGUCAUACCUGAAGCAUAUUGCAAAUUGUUAAAAAGUUUGCAAGCAAUGCACUGCUUAAGAAGACUUUUAUCUUAUGAGUUUCACAUGCUGUGGCCACUGGCUUCCAACCUUCAGAUGAAGUUUCCAUGGGAAAGUUUAGUAUCUUCAUUAUAUCAUUUGAUAUCUCAAGAAGACUUAUUUUUUUCGUCUUCUUUUUGUCAAUGGUUAGAAAUAACCCAGUCUUAUUUUCUUCCUUCUACGUUAUUUAAAGUUGUAUGUAGUAGUUCUACUGAUAUCAUUGAAGCAGUGAAAAUAAUGAAGUUACCAAUAGUGUUCUUACCUCUUUUCCAUAGUAGCCAACUACAAAAAUUUAUAAGAGUUAAUAUUUUAACUGAAGACAAAUUUGCACAAUUAUUUCUACAAAAUAUAGAUUCAUUUUCCAAUAGCAUUAAGACCAGGAAUGAAAUUCUUUCAAUGAUGCUAUCAGCUAUUGGUUCGACAAUCACCUCUAAAGAACACAAGUUGCUAAAAAGUCUACUUCAUAAGCAUCCCUGCAUACCUACUUCCCCUAAAGGAUUUCAAUUAAAACGAGCAUCUGAACUUGUGGAUUCAAAUGAGUUCCGUGACAUGUUUGAUCCUGAAGACGCCAUGUUUCCUGAAAAGAUUCUUUACCAAUCUGCUGCAGUAAGGGAAGGGAUUUUUAGACUUGGUUUGAUGUCACCUUAUAAUGUAUGUUGGGAUGUUAUCAUCAAAAGUGCUAAAACAGUGGAGUCAUUAUUUGUGAAAGAUAAGAUAAAAGCAUUAAUAAGAGUUAAAGUUAUCAUUGGCUGCAUUGAAGAAAAGGCAGAACAUGCACGUCGAGAACAAGAGCAAAUUGAUCCAGCACCUCUUGAGCUAUGUCAAACUCACUUUCUACCUGUCCUUCAUAAACCUGAAAAAUAUGUUUUACCAUGGAAAGGUGAAGGUCAUGUUUUAUUACCACCUUGUCAGGUAAUAUCAGUUGAUAGUCGCAGCUUGAGAAAAACUGGUAUUUUAAUUGGUUCUCAAAAAGCAAUAGUUAAUACCAAGAUUACUGUUUCAGGAGGGUGCGAUUCCAUUUCUCAUCAAGCAUUGAAGUUAAUGAAUAUACCAUCACAAGCUUCAUUUGAUGAAGUACAUAAUCAAUUUGUCACAUUGAUUAAUACAUUUAACAUAUCAAUGUGUGAUGAUCACGAAGCAAUACAAUUAAUUGAAGAAAUAUGUCAAAAUGUUUAUGAGCAUUUUGAAGCCUCAUUGAAAGAGUCACCUAGAAUAUCACGAAAACUAAGUAAACAUCAGAAUCAAGAUGAUAAUCAGCAUAAAACAAUUUUAGCCCAAUAUUAUAACAAACCAUUUAUAUGGACUGGGAAAGGCUUCGUUUGCCCUUGUGACGUAUCAAUUAAUUGGAAGCAACUGGUGGGCCCAUGUCUAUAUCGACUUCCUGGCAUGUUAUCGCAGCACAGAAACUUGGUAAAUUGUUUGCAGGUGAAGGAGAGUUUUAGUGUUGAAAAACUACUGGGAACAUUCUCUCAAAUGUAUUCACGUUUUAGCCCUACACACAAGCUUCCACAAGAAUACCAUGAAACUGCUAAAAACAUUAUCCAAGAUUUGAAUGCAAAAGAUUUUCAGGAACUAUCUCCCAUGAAGAAAGAGGCUAUUCUUGUUGAUGCCAAUUAUAUUCUUAGACCAACAAAUCAACUAGUUUUCAAUGAUGCAGUUUUUUUGCCUCCUGAUAAUGACAGUAACUAUGUGAUAUCACUUCUCAUCAGGGAAGUAGCACUGGCUCUUGGAGUACAACCAACAAGUAGUAAAUUUCUUGAGAAAUACACUUCUACUAAGCAAAAAUUUAGUGGAAUAGAAUUUGGCCAACGCGAAGAACUCACCCAGAGAAUUAAGAAUAUUCUUCGAGAUUAUCCACUUGAUGUUACAUUCCUCAAAGAACUCCUUCAGAAUGCUGAUGAUGCCAAGGCUAGUAAAAUGUAUGUAAUACUUGAUAAGAGAGAACACAGGAAAGAGAGAUUGCCUUCAGAGAAUUGGGCAGAACUACAAGGACCUGCAUUACUUGUAUGGAAUGAUAAAGAGUUCACUGAAAAAGAUUUAGAUGGAAUUCAAAAGCUUGGUCUUGGUUCUAAGCGUGAUGAUGAAGAGUCAAUUGGUCAGUUUGGCAUUGGUUUUAAUGUGGUCUAUCAUGUAACUGACUGUCCUAGUUUCAUAACAAGGGGAGACACACUGUGUGUGUUUGAUCCACACUGUAGAUAUGUUCAUGGAGCUGAUAAGCUUUGCCCUGGAAGACGUUAUAAUGUUGAUGAUAGUUUUUGGAACAGUAUCUCUGACCUGCGCUCUUGCUUUCUUCAAGACGAGCUUCAAAAUAAACCACAGGGUUUGGAUAAAGGUGUCCUUUUUCGUUUUCCACUUCGAUGUACUAAGGAGCUGGUAAUGAAAUCAGAGUUAGUGAAUAAUCCAGUUAGAACAGAACCAUUGACUGCUGAUAUAAUGGAAAUGCAUCUCAGAUCAUGGGUGAUCACCAUGAAAGAUGCUCUUCUCUUCCUCAAUCAUAUAGUCCAAUUUGAAUAUUAUGUCAUUGAAAAUUCUGGUUCAUUAAAGUGUGAAAAAAGCUAUGUCGUUCAUAUGGAAGGUAAUAUCCAUGAGAUGCGAGCUAGUCUGAAAGAACAAUUUUCUGCUUUUAAACAAACUAAAAAACCUUUUCUUGUUACAUAUCCUCUAACACUAGAAACAAAAUCACUAAAGUCAUCCACACAUGAGCAUUGGUUGAUACAGCAAGGAGUUGGAGAUGUACAAGAUUCUCAAAAUAAACAUUGGGAAUAUUUAGACAAGACUCUACCUAAACAUGGUAUUGCUGCUACUCACAAAAGAACUGAGAAUUUCCUUGGAAAAGUUUUCUGUUUUCUACCUCUACCAGUUUACACAGAACUUCCAGUACAUAUCAAUGGUCAAUUUGUGCUUAAUAGUGAUAGACGUUCUCUUUGGGCAAGCACGACCAAUAAGCAUGACUCCAAAACAAAAUGGAAUGCUAGUUUAAUUAAAGCAAUUGCCUCUUCUUAUGUACAUUUCCUUGAAAGAGCUAAGCAUUACUAUGUAAAUGAUGAUGGUUAUGGCACUCGUUUAGAAUUAUUAGAUGCUAUAAACAAUUACUACAGCCUGUUUCCGUUCUUUGACCCACCAUUUAUUUUUAAGAAAAAGGAAGAAAAGUCUGAAAUACCAUACCGAACUAGCCAGUUUGCUGUAGUAUCACAGUCACCUAAUCCAAGACAUGAAGUUACUAAAAAGAAAAAUUGGAAAGAUAUUUGUAGCAUGGUUUUUCAGUUAAUGUGGCAAGGAAAUUUACAAUUAUUAGCAACAGAAUUGAAGAAAGAUAACUUUUCUCUGACAAAAUCCCAACCAGUAGUGUCAUGGGUUGCACAGUGGCAUAAAUUCCAAAGUGACAUUCCUAAAAAUCAAGCAUAUUUUAAAUCAAAAGAAAGCAAAGAAGUAAAACAAGUAUUGAGGCAACUAGGCAUGAUUCUCACCUGUGCCCCGCCUAUUCUAUGCUCACAUUUGCUGUCACAAGAAGUACAACCUGCUGUUUUAUCAAGUGGCUCAGUGUAUGAUUACUACAGUAAGUUUCACACUCAGAUUAUUGGCAAGUGUCCCUGUCCAAUAAACCAAUCACCUUUUAAGACAAUGGAUAACUUAUGCUUCUUUUUAAAUUACUUGUUAAGUGUUAACUUCAAAGGACACGAAAUUCAGUAUGAGUUCCCGUGCUUUCCUGAUGGCAUUCCACUUCUUCUUACAGCUGACUCACAGUUGCGGGUAUUUACUAAUCCACCAAAGGUGUUAUGUAGCAAGUAUGCACAGCUUUUUAAGAAUUCUUCCUCAUGGAUUUUACAUGAAGGAAUCAUAACAGCUGUGGGAAAACUGUCAUCAACUUACUUCAUCUCAAAUUUGUCCUCUGAAGUACUUAACGAAAUGAUGGUUAGCAACUUUUCAUUAUCUAUGAAAUCUUCAGUAGUAGAAAAUACAAAUUAUUGCAUUAUUGCGAAGGAAAGAUUAAUGGAAUUGUGGUCCUGUUUGUGUUAUGACCCAAAUAUUUCUCAGCAUAGGCAAUGCAUUGUUGAAAAUUGGGCAAUUAUUCCUUCGGUAUCUGGUAAACUUUACUCUGCUAGUUCCCCAGUUUUGCCUUUACUUAGAUCAACUAAUUCCACAUACAUGAGUGUAUUUCUUGAAUUGGCUGAUUUAAAUGUCCCACUGUUUGACUCUACUGAUUUUGGAGAAUGCUUAGCUAGAGACUACUGUGUUGAUGUUUCUAAUGUAUCCAUAGUCCUAGCAAUUUUGUUUCAUCAUCACGCUAAAGAAAAAGUUUUAUUGAAUUUAAAAGCUCCACAGAAAACUAUUCAAUGUUUAUUCCAAUACUUUGGCAGAAUAAAUUUUGCUCAUGAUAGUGCUAGCCUUCAUUAUAUUCAGAGGCUUCCUCUUUUUGAAACAGUCAAUGGGGACAUAACCAGUCUUGAAAAUAAGCAAGUCUAUUGUUGGCCUAAUGAAGCUUGCAAAGCUGGAUAUAGCAAGUGGGCGUCUUCUGAUAAAGUUGUAUUUCUUCCUAGUAAUGGAAAGUGGGGACUUCUUUGUAAUCGUAACAUUGAAGUAUUAGGUGGUCAGCAUCUUACUGAGAGUGAACUUUAUAUUUGUUUUAUUUUUCCAGUGUUUCAAAUUUUGACAUCAGAUGAAAGAAUGAAACAUCUUAAACACAUUAAAGACACUUUGUUUUCUGAUCUUCAAUAUGAAAGUCAGCUUAAAAAGGCUAGUAGAAGAGCUCCAGCAAUAAAUUUUAUUGAAAAAUUAAAAAAAUUGCCUUGUCUUGAAACAAGUCAUGGUAAUCUCCAAGCAAUCAAAGAUUUUUCUGAUCACAACAUGGCAAUAUUUACAACUUUUCGAGAGCAUUUUCAAUUUGUUCCUGAGGAAUAUCAAAAAAAUGAAUGGCUGGAAUUUUUAAAAGCCCUUGGUCUUCGAGUGACUAUUACAACAGAAGAAUUUAAGUCAUUUGCUGCCAUUGUUUCUACUGCAAAACACAAAAAUGUUUCGAAGGCAUCUAGUGUACUAGUGGAAUAUUUAUUUUCUGACUCAGCAAAAGAAUGGCAUACUGACAAGUAUGUAUUGUCAGACAUUGCUAAAAUUCCAUUUGUCAAAGUUGCUAGCCUUGGUAAUUUGGAAUGGAUAAAAAAGUCAUGUCAACCUCCAUUGUACCUAGAAGAACAAAAGCUAGGGCUAACAAUGCUUAAUCAAUCUGUAAUAUAUGACAGUGCCUCAUUGAUCUGGACUGUGAAGCCAGUAGUAAAUCUACCAGUACCAUCAUACAUGUACACAUACUUUAGUACAUCCCAACAAUAUUAUACACUUUUGGAAUAUUUGGGUAUUACACUUAGACCUGAUUCUAAAAAUGUUCUUAAAAAUCUAAUAAAUGUGUCACAGACAGGCUUAGCAAAAUUUGACCUAUUUCACAAGUAUAAUUUAACCUAUGUGGCAAAAGACAUUAAGAGGGUCACCAUAGAAACUGUAAUUAAACAAUGUUUUGAUUAUUUAUUUGAGCACAAGGCACAUGAGCAACUACAGAGUCUUUGUACUAUUCCCUGUAUCCCAGUGUCAGCAAUGAAAUCUCUUAAUACAACAGUUAUACAUCAGCCAGUGCUUGUAAAGCCAAUUCAAGUAGUAAGAUACAUACCUGAUGACUGCUCGCAUCUCUUCCCUUACCUUCAUACGGUACCUGAUUUCUUGGUUGGAUGCCAAUACCUCAAAACAUUAGGUAUAGCUGAUAAUAUUGAAAUCAAGACUCUUCGGUAUCUCCUUGAUACAAUACAUCAGCAACUUGGUGACAAAAGGCUUGACCCAAAUCAUAAGAUCACUGUUAGAGAAGCAGUUAUUAAAAUGCAUAGCCUGCUAAUAAAUGAGUUAAUGUCACCUACUAAAGCCCAGGAUAUUUCACCACUCUAUUAUCCUAACAAUGAAGGUUUUUUAGUUGACUCAACUACUCUUAUAUUUCUUGACUCCAGUCGCUAUAAAACUGACAAAUACAAUUUUUCUGAGGUGCCUGUUUCCUUAUUUCAAUUGCCACCUCAAGCCACGCACUCAGUAAUCAAAACUUUUAAAUUAUUUUCAAGUUAUGAUCCCAGCAGUGUGCCAAGUGACAUCUUGUGUUUGCAAUUACCAAAGAAUGUUAGACCACAUGGCCUCUCUCUUAUCUGCAGGGAAGAAUUGCUUGAUCAUAAUGUAGCAACAGAAAGUAAUUCACCUCUUCAGUUGCAUUUUUCAAAGCUCAAAUCCAUUGCUCCAGCUUUAGAAGAAUUUAUGCCUAAAACAAUAGUAGCACAUUAUAGAUAUCAUGCUGUACAGGUCGAUAAAUUAGUUGCAACAAAAUUCUCAGAAACAUUAGUAGAGCACUUCAUUAAUACAGUGAAGUUAGUAAUCAUUAAUAACUUAAGGAGUAAAGUUAUUAUUAAUGAUACAUCAAUUGCAACUAUUGAAGUCAAAUAUUUGUUUCAAAAAAAUGAGGAUGAGGAUGAGUUCAUUCUUUAUGUGGAUAAAAAAGCAACUACUAGUUAUACCGUUUUUAAAGAAAUUACACACACUCUUUGUGUUGAAAUAGCAAGAAUGCACAAUGUUAAAUUGACUUCAUAUAUAAAAUUCACUGAUCCUGUUUGUGACUGUCUUAGAGCACAAUGUAUUGAAGAUUUAAUACCAAUUUUAGAGAAACUACAGAUUGACGCUCAUGGUAUUAAUGACAUAAUUCUUCCCAUUCAGAGUAAUGCUGCAACUCUUGGAGGAGAAAUACCAAAUGAACUCAUUGAUCUGCUGGAAAAUGACAUGAAUCACAUUUUCCAUCCUGAGGAAUGGGUUGGAUAUGAGAAUGAAUAUGGCAAUUUCAUCUAUGUAAUUGUUCUGUAUGCAGUUGCACAAGAAUCAUUCAACCCCCUAGAAAGAAGAUAUGUGAUUGCAAUUGACAGUGAAGGCAAUAGGAAGGAAGUAUCAACCCUUGACCUUUAUAAGCUAAUGAAAGUGAGUGGACACUCUUUAGAAGAAAAUGAGAGUCAAGAACUAGUGUUGCUGGAGUUUGAUAGUGCUUCUGCUCAAGUUAGAAGACUCACAGAUUCUUAUAGUCUGUUAGAGUUGAAGAAACAAAUCAUCCAAGACUUGAAGUUUAUCUGGAUGCUACAAAAUGAAGAUCAGAAAAGAAAAGCAAUAAAACGACUUUAUUUAAAGUACCACCCUGACAAGAGAAACUUAAAUGAUUCUGAAGCCAACAUGUAUGAUGAAGCAUUUAAAUUCUUGAAGCAGCAAAUUGAAAAUUUAGAAAAUGGAAGACCAUUGGAAGACCCAGAUUUACCACCAACAUCAUCAUCAGAGACAUCAUCACAAAGAUACACACAUUCACAUUGGUCAAGACAUUUUGAUGAAUGGGAUGAGGGUUUGAGAAGAAGACGGCAAAGAAGUAGAAAUGCAAGUGGAAAUUCAUAUCCAAGGAAUAACCAAAGCUUUGGACAUGGUAUUUCACAGCCACAAGCAGAUCCAAUAAAAGCUGGAUACUGGCUGAAACAGGCAGAAUGUGAUUUAAAAGCUAUGCUUAUUCUAAACCAGAAUGAAGGAGUGCAAUGUCAAGUAUUAUUUCUGUGUCAUGAGACUUGUGAAAAAGCAUUGAAAGCAGGCAUGUAUGAACUAGUAGGAUUAAAUGAUGCCUAUCUUAAAUCACAUGAGCUACUUACUCAUGCUUAUGCUAUUGCUGGAAUGAAAGGUGGGGAUUGGGCAGAACUACCAUCAUUAGUGUAUACAAUUGAAACGGAGCAAUAUUAUCUCAAAACACGCUAUCCUAAUCAACAUUAUCCCUCAGUGGCCCCAGUUGACAUUUAUUGUUAUUAUACUAAAGAUGAUGAGGUAUUAAGUGUUGUCAAUAAUGCUCAGAAGUUGAUAAAAUUGAUACAGAGGCUAUUUUAAUUAAUUGUUAGAUAUAUUAGUUUUAGAGGACUCGAGUUAUAAUUAUUUUUUUCUUAAAAACUAUCUAAAUUUUUCAUUGUAUUAGUUAACUCUCAACUGAAUCAAAUAAUUUUGCUUUUUAAUUUGUUUUUUGUCAUAAUUUUAGUUGUAUUUUUUGCUACUUAAAAAUAUUUUUACUUAUAAAUUAUUGUCAACUGU